AUGGAGGAAUAUGCGACUAGCCAGUACGGCAAUCUUUCUGAUCCAUACGAAAAUGGCGCUGGUUUCGACGACGGUACCGGCCUGGAUGAUGGCGCGGGCUUGGGAAGCGAGGAUAGUAUUACGCCCGAGGACUGCUGGGAGGUUAUUUCGUCCUAUUUCGACAUGAAGGGCCUCGUUUCCCAACAGAUCGACUCGUUCGACGAGUUCACGUCCACCACCAUCCAGUCCCUCGUCGAUGAGUACGCCGACUUGACCCUCGACCACCCAAAUCCCGGCGAUGACAGCGGUAGAGACAUUGCGAUGCGCAGAUACGACAUCCAUUUCGACAACGUGCUAAUUUCUAAGCCGACUCUCACCGAAGCCACGGGCGAAACCACCAGUCUACUACCCUACGAAUGCCGCGACCGUAACCUGACCUACUCCGCACCUAUGUAUUGCAGGGUCGUGAAGCGCGCGCGAGUGGCCAUCAACGAGGAAGUUCCUCUGAAGGACAUGGACGACGAACAGCGGGAAUAUCUGGCUCGGACUGGCGAGGCGCCCAAGACGAUUCGCUGGGAAGAGGAAGACACCGGACCGCGCGAGGGACCCUCCAAGGGAGUCGAGGAAAAGGGCGAUCUGAUCUUUCUCGGCAAGCUGCCAGUCAUGGUAAAGUCACAGGUCUGUCAUUUGCACGGUGAGGACGACGACUCGUUGUUCCUGCUUAAUGAGUGCCCGUAUGACCAAGGCGGUUACUUCAUCAUCAACGGCAGCGAAAAGGUUCUUAUCGCCCAGGAGCGCUCGGCCGCCAACAUUGUGCAGGUGUUCAAGAAGCCAGCAGGAGGCAGUGUCUCAUAUCAGGCUGAAAUUCGGUCCGCGCUGGAGAAAGGCUCGCGCCUCAUUUCGUCCCUGCAGAUGAAGCUACACACCAAGGGCUCACCGGAGAAAGGGAGGUUAGCAAGCACGGUCAGCGUCACGCUGCCCUAUGUCCGAGAGGACAUUUCGCUUGGCAUCGUUUUCCGUGCCCUCGGUAUCGUGUCAGAUGAGGACAUCCUCAACCACAUCUGCUACGACCGGACAGACACCCAGAUGCUUGAGGCGCUGCGGCCUUGCAUCGAGGAAGCCUUCUGCAUCCAGGACCGCGAAAUCGCCCUCGAUUUCAUCGGCAAGCGUGGCAACGGCAACGCCGGUCAAAACCGCAUGAACCGUGUCCGGGCUGCCAAGGACUUGCUCCAGAAGGAGAUGCUGCCUCACAUCUCACAGAGCGAAGGCUGCGAGACGAGAAAGGCCUUCUUCCUAGGCUACAUGGUGCACAAGCUGCUCCAAUGCGCCCUCGGUCGCCGGGAUCCCGACGACCGUGACCAUUUCGGCAAGAAGAGACUCGAUCUUGCAGGUCCGCUGCUGGCCAAGCUGUUCCGUAACGUCAUUCGCCGCAUCACCCAGGACUUGAUGUCGUACAUGAAGCGGUGCAUCGAUACCAACAAGAACUUCUCCCUGGCCCUGGGUAUCAAGCACUCGACCCUCACCAACGCGCUCAAGUACUCGCUGGCGACGGGCAACUGGGGCGAUCAGAAGAAGGCCAUGAGCUCCACCGCCGGUGUGUCUCAGGUGCUGAAUCGCUACACAUUCGCCUCGACGCUCUCGCACUUGCGGCGCACCAACACUCCCAUUGGGCGCGACGGGAAGCUGGCCAAACCUCGCCAACUCCACAACACGCACUGGGGCCUUGUGUGUCCGGCCGAAACCCCUGAAGGUCAGGCUUGCGGUCUCGUCAAAAAUUUGUCCUUGAUGUGUUAUGUCAGCGUGGGGACGCCCGCGGACCCCAUCGUCGAGUUCAUGAUUGCCCGCGGCAUGGAGGUGCUCGAGGAAUACGAACCGCUGCGGUACCCCAACGCCACCAAAGUAUUCGUGAAUGGCACUUGGGUCGGUGUCCAUCAAGAUCCGAAACACCUGGUCAGUUUGGUCCAAGGAUUGCGGCGAAAGAACGUAAUCUCGUUUGAGGUCUCGCUUGUCAGGGACAUCCGCGACCGCGAGUUCAAGAUCUUUUCGGAUGCUGGCCGUGUCAUGAGGCCGCUGUUCACUGUCGAGCAAGAGCCGAACAGCGAGACCGGCGCCGAGGUGGGCCAGCUGAUUCUCAACAAGGAUCACAUUAGCCGGUUGGAAGCGGACAAGGAGCUGGGCAAGUAUCAUCCCGAUUACUGGGGUUGGCAGGGCCUCUUGAAGUCGGGUGCCAUCGAGUACCUGGAUGCGGAGGAGGAGGAGACAGUCAUGAUUUGCAUGACGCCCGAGGACCUCGACAAGUUCCGUUACCGCAAGAUGGGCUUUAUCAUCGAAGACAAUUCUGGUCAGGGUAACAACAGGAUUAAGACAAAGCCGAACCCGACGACUCACAUGUACACCCACUGCGAGAUCCAUCCCAGCAUGCUGCUCGGCGUUUGCGCGAGCAUCAUCCCGUUCCCAGACCACAACCAGUCCCCUAGAAACACAUACCAAUCGGCCAUGGGGAAGCAGGCGAUGGGUACCUUCCUCACGAAUUAUAACCGCCGCAUGGACACCAUGGCCAAUGUCCUCUACUAUCCCCAAAAGCCCCUAGCCACGACGCGCGCGAUGGAGUUCCUGAAGUUCCGAGAGCUGCCGGCUGGGCAGAAUGCCAUUGUCGCCAUCGCCUGCUAUUCAGGAUACAAUCAGGAAGACUCUGUGAUUAUGAACCAGAGCAGCAUCGACCGCGGUCUCUUCCGCAGUCUCUUCUUCCGGUCGUACACCGACUGCGAGAAGCGGGUCGGUAUCAACAUUGUCGAAAAGUUCGAGAAGCCCAACAGGAGCGACACGCUACGGCUGAAGCACAGCACGUACGACAAGCUCGACGCGGACGGCAUCGUUGCCCCCGGCAUCCGCGUUUCCGGCGAGGAUAUCAUCAUCGGCAAGACGUGCCCCAUCAACCCUGAUAAUGCCGAGCUCGGUCAGCGAUCCGCCCAGCAUGUCAAGCGCGAUGCGUCCACGCCGCUACGCAGCACAGAGAGCGGCAUCGUGGACCAGGUGGUCGUCACGACCAAUCAGGACGGCAUGCGCUACGUCAAGGUGCGGGUGCGGACGACCAAGGUGCCGCAAAUCGGCGACAAGUUUGCUUCGCGCCACGGACAAAAGGGCACGAUCGGCGUCACGUACCGCCAGGAGGACAUGCCCUUUACCUGCGAGGGCAUCACGCCCGACAUCAUCAUCAACCCGCACGCCAUUCCGUCCCGCAUGACCAUCGCCCAUUUGAUCGAGUGCCUGCUGUCUAAGGUGUCGACGCUCAAGGGCAUGGAGGGCGACGCGACGCCCUUCACCGAGGUGACCGUCGAUAGUGUGUCGGACCUGCUGCGCGAACACGGCUACCAGAGCCGCGGGUUUGAGGUUUUGUAUCACGGCCACACGGGGAAGAAGCUGCGGGCGCAGGUCUUCUUCGGGCCGACCUACUACCAGCGCCUGCGCCACAUGGUCGACGACAAGAUCCACGCGCGCGCCCGCGGGCCGCUGCAGAUCAUGACGCGUCAGCCUGUGGAGGGCCGGGCUAGGGACGGUGGCUUGCGGUUUGGCGAAAUGGAGCGCGAUUGCAUGAUUGCGCACGGCGCUGCUAGUUUCUUGAAGGAGAGGCUUUUUGAGGUGUCGGAUGCGUUCCGGGUGCACAUUUGCGAGAUUUGCGGGUUGAUGACACCUAUUGCGAACCUCACCAAACAGUCGUUUGAGUGCCGGCCGUGCAAGAACAAGACCAAGAUUGCGCAGGUCCAUCUGCCGUAUGCGGCCAAAUUGCUCUUCCAGGAGCUCAUGGCCAUGAACAUCGCCUCGCGCAUGUUUACCAGCCGGUCCGGCAUCUCGGUGCGCUGA